AUGGACAAUGGGGAUGUCGUGGCAUUUAAAAAACUAUGGCCUGCAACUACUAGAUGCAGUGAUGAGAAGUCUGGAGUUUGUGAUUCCUUCUCAGCCGAAGUGAAAACGCUUGGUUCAAUUCGCCAUAAGAACAUUGUCAAGUUCUUGGGUUGUUAUAGGAAUAAAAGCACAAGAUCACUCAUGUAUGAUUAUAUGCCUAAUGGGAGUUUAGACAGUCUACUACACGAUAGGAAUGGUACACUGUUAGAGUGGGAACUGAGGAUUGAAGGCCGAUGGAUUGUUGGUUUUCAAAAUUCAUCAAAGUCGACUCUCCACAGUUGGCUUCGGAGAAGCUUUUCAAAAGACUCGACUCUCGAAUAUCCGACCAAGCAAUAG